AUGCUAUUUAGCAGUAAUAUUUGCAAGAUCAAUUUCUUAAGCCUUACUCCUUUGACGAAGUUGUCCCUCAUGCAUAUCCUUUAUAAAAAAGAAUGCGUGAUAUUUUUUUUUUUUUUUUGUAACUCUUAUCUCUGCAUUUGGCAUGUAAUCACACCUCUUUUAUUUUUAUUUUUUCUUUCUUUCGUUUCUCUUUGUUCUUUCGUUUCUUUUCUCUUUGUUCUUUCGUUUCUUUUCUCUUUGUUCUUUCGUUUCUUUUCUCUUUGUUCUUUCGUUUCUUUUCUCUUUGUUCUUUCGUUUCGUUUUUCUUCUUUCGUGUUUUUCUCUUCUUUCUUUUUUUCUUUCUUCUUUCGGUUUUUUUCUCUUUCUUUCUUUUUUUCUCUUUCUUCCCUCUCUCUCUCUCUCGGCUUUCUUUUCUUCCAUCUCUCUCGGCUUUCUUUUUUUUUCUCUUGUUACUCUCUUUGUUUUUUUCUCUCUUUACUCUCUCUCUCUCUCUCUCUCUCUUUUCUCUUUCUUUUAUUUUCGCUUUCUUUUUUUCUCUCAGUAUUUAUCCUUGACCUGCUUGAUGGCUAA